AUGACGUCAGCGGACGCCAUGUUGACCUGUUUCCUGUUGUUAUUAAUUACAAGAGGAACACUUUCAUCACCGACAUUGGAAGACGUGAAAAAUGUCUACACAUAUAUAUUCCAUGGUUAUGACAAGCGGGUUCGGCCAGUUUUAGAUCAGAGUAAUGUGUUAGUUGUAGAGGUGGGACUCUCUAUGAAUUCUAUAAACGAAUUCGAUGAAAAGUUACAGAAACUUGUCAUCGCGGGUUGGUUUGAUGUUACCUGGAGAGACGAAUCUUUGGUAUGGAAUAUAUCUGAUUUUGGUAAUGUAUCGUAUGUACAUGUAGAUGGAGAUUCAAUAUGGCUUCCGAACAUUGCCCUUACGAACACAUUUGGAAGGAUAAAUUUACUUUCACGGUUGCCGUCUAACGCUAUGAUCAGCGCCGACGGAACUAUUCAUUGGUUUCCUUCAGACAGUUUUGUCGUAAAUUGUGAAGUGGAUAUAACGUACUAUCCUUUCGAUACACAAAGCUGUUCCUUGCUUUUUGAACUCUGGGACGCCCCUCCCUCUGAAGUUAUGCUUGUGACAUCAAUACUACCAAUAGAUACAAAGUUUUUUGAGGAGAAUGUUGAAUGGGAAUUGCUAACCCCUGAAAUCCUAGAUUCGCAAUCCGAUUAUGAAAAGAUCAAUGCUUUUGUGAAUUAUAUAUUUUAUCUGCAGCGGAGACCUAAAUUUGUGACCAUAACGAUCAUUGCACCAGUAAUCCUGCUCGCGUUUUUAAACGUCUGUGUGUUCCUCAUCCCACUUUCAUCAGGAGAGAAGAACUCGUUCUGUGUGACCGUGUACCUUUCGUAUGCCGUGUUUCUGGGAGUAAUCACAGCGGAGCUGCCACAUAACUCCAAAAACGUGUCCUACCUGACCAUGUAUUUGCUCGCUCUGCUAAUUUUCAGUGUGACCAUUGUACUGAUUACCGUCAUACAAGUUCGACUUUUCAUUGAAUAUGGAGAUACUCCGGUACCAGCAUGCAUUUCUAGAGUCUUUGGCUCAUGUACUCCAUGUACUCCCCGGGAGCGAUCCAAAAUAAGCCAUUUAGACAGCAAUAGUUCAGAUGACAUGAAUGAAAACAGAACUGAAAUAUUGGACGAAAUAAAUGAAAGAGAUUCCCAGGUCUGUGUAAAGGACAUAAUGCCGAGACUCGACGUGCCUAUGUUCUUCUUGUUCCUGGUUAUAGUGACUAUUAUGACGUCAGUGAUCGGUUCUGCGAUAUACUUUCCAUAA